GUGUGUGACCAGCUUUAGGCAGAGAAAAACGUAAGUCGUAAUAUACUACUAGAGUCUAGAAUAGUAUACUACGAUAUGUACGACUUACAUUACAUACUACGACUACGACUACGAUACCUACGUCUCGUUCUCUGCCUUCGGCCUAACUCCGACGUUGUUAAAUCCGACGUGUAAACGUAGUCAUUGAUAACCUUUGAUAAUGCUUUGGAUAUGCUGAUAAGGCUCUUAAUUAUAAAAUUACAGUGAUUUGAAGUCAUUCCCUGUACAUGUGACUGUUGAGUAUGCUGCGAAACGACAAAAGAAUUCUUAAGCGGUUCUCUAACUGUAGAAUCCUGCGUGACAGCAGGAUUCAGACAGAGGAUUUAUGGGUGCGAGAUGGAAAGAUCGUGAAUCCGGAGAAAAUCUUCUAUGACGAGAAGAUCAAGCCAGAUGUUAUGAUAGACUGCGGCGGCGCUUUGAUCUCGCCGGGAUAUAUAGACGUGCAAAUUAAUGGAGGAUUUGGCAUAGAUUUCUCAUACAACAUUGACAAUGUUGAAGAAGGCAUUGCCAAAGUAGCAAAAGGAUUGUUGGCACAUGGAGUAACAUCAUUUUGUCCUACAUUGGUUACAUCUCCCAUUGAAGUGUAUCACAAAAUUUUACCGAAAAUAAAGAAACAAAAUGGAGGUAGCCAUGGUGCUAGUGUAUUAGGUCUUCAUUUAGAAGGGCCAUUUAUUAGUCCAAACAAGAAGGGUGCCCAUCCUGAGCAUUAUAUUAGAAAAUUUGAUCAGGGAUUUAAAUCAGUUAUUGAUAUGUAUGGUGAACUGGACAAUGUGUGCAUGCUCACAUUAGCACCCGAAAUUUCAAAUGCUAUAUCUGUUGUUGAAGAAUUAUGUAGAAGAAAUAUCAAAGUAUCUCUUGGACAUUCUAUAGCAAAUUUAAAUGAAGGAGAAGAAGCAGUUAAACAUGGAGCAUCGUUUAUCACUCAUCUAUUCAAUGCCAUGUUGCCUUUUCAUCAUAGAGAUCCAGGAUUGGUUGGUCUCUUAACAUCUGACCAAAUUCCGUUUGGAAGAAUCAUUCAUUUUGGUAUAAUUUCUGAUGGGAUUCAUACUCAUCCUGCAGCGUUACGAAUUGCUCAUAGAACGCAUCCUAAAGGUCUUGUACUUGUAACUGAUGCAAUAUCAGCAUUGGGUCUGGAGGAGGGAAUUCAUCAAUUAGGACAAUUUAAAAUAGAAAUACGUAAAAGUUGCGCCUAUAUCGCUGAAACAAAUACUCUGUGUGGUAGUAUGGCUGAGCUUUCCAAAUGUGUAAGAUACUUUAAAGAAGCUACAGGUUGCACAGUAGUUGAAGCUUUAGAAGCAGCGACUUUACAUCCUGCACAAACCCUAGGCAUCGAUUCUUACAAAGGCGUUCUAAAUUUUGGAGCCGAUGCUGAUUUUAUAUUACUCGAUAAGAAACUUGAAUUAUUGUCGACAUGGAUUUCGGGAGAGUGUGUUUAUGAAAAAAAUACUGGCAGUGUAAAGCAAUUUGAUGUGUGAACGAACAGGUAUUCUAAGCGCAAAUUGCGCGAAUGUAUUGUCAAAGAAACAAUGAAAAGAAAACAAAAUGAUUAAAUACAUCUAACUACUGUGUGAGGAACUAAUUAUUGCAUGCAAUGCACGCGAUUAAAAAUACUAUUUCGUAACAUGCUUUCUAAUAUGUAAUAUCAUAUUUACCGUAGAUCGAAUUGAUUAAUUAGUUACCUGGAACACUGUUUGGUCUGCUCAUGGGUGGUCUAAGGCCAAAAGUAAAUUGCAAUGCUUUUUCCAAUAAAAGCAUUGCCUUCUCUGGACUGUAUUCACCCGGACCUGGAAUAUUAAACAAGACAAAAGAUGAAUUAGAAAAUAAGUUGUAGAUAUUAUUAAUAUAUAUAUUGUAUGCUUAUGGGAACAAGAAUACAAGCUACCGUGUUAAAAAGUUUAAGAUAUUCAGUCUGCUGACAUCUGCCAAUAUUUUGUUAAUUAAGAUAUUAUUGAGUAUUAAUUUAAUUUAUUAUAUAAUUUUGCAAGUGUAAACAAUAGUAUAAAAAAUAGUGCAGAUUUAUAAGAGAACGCAACUAACGCUCUAAGGAUAUCUUUUAAGGCUAUGAUUAUCAAGCUGUGAUUAUAUAAUAGUUGUGUUUAAUUAUAAAUUAUAAAAAUAUAAAAUUGUUUUUGUUUUUUAAGAUCGGUUUUGAUAACUAUUCGGCUGCAAUAUUUGACACGUGAUUAGGAUAAACAACAAAAUAAAAUGUAAUAAUUAAUACUAAAUUUUUGUAAUAUUGAAAAAUAAUAUUUACUGAAAAAUAAUAUUUAUGUAAACGCGCACGUGCUCGCGCAUAAUGGUUUGUUGGAAAGUGAUUUGAUUCAAAUAUCAAAGCAAUCGAUAAAACUAAUGCUUAUUUUGAAGGUUUAGGGAAAUUGUGUUUUUUAUACAGAUGGUAUAUAAAAAAAAGUUAGAAUAAAUAUAU